AGCAAGCACCGAGGACGAAGGCGCCAGAAUGAGGCAGCCAACCCCUACUCGAAGGAGGCAAGGAGGUUGUUGACUUGGAAAAAAGUCAGACGUGGGACUACCCUUCACAGCUAGAAAUCGCUUUUUAAAACGGUAAUACUAACGGACGGUAGACGAGCAUCCGAAGAGGAACUCUGAAGCGUAACUUCCACGUUUUGAUCAGGACAGGAAAAGGACACCCGAGGGGGGGUCCAUAUCUGACAGCCAGGAUGGCGGGAAAAUACACUCUGCUCCUCUGGAAGAAGGCUAUGCUACCAGUUUUCUGUCCCCUGUCGGCAGCUGAAGGUGUGGGCCUUGCGGAGAGAGUAACCCCAAGCUGGGCCGUUAGAGAGAAGCAGUGUUGAUAGCGGACGGCAGGCUUCAGGCUCCACGGCGUGGAGUUUCUCACUCGACCAGAGAGGAGCCUCCCUCUCCCUCAGCAGCGCGCGGACACACACACACACACACACACACACACACACACGCUCGCACGCACACACGCUCGCACACACACACGCACGGACGCGAGCACGGACGGGCUCGCUCGCACGCACCAGAGGCCCUGAGCCCUGGACACACACACACACACACGCACACACACACCGGCGGCCCUGGGGAUUCUCCUGGCCACGAGCGCGGCUCACUGACAGGGCCGGAGGAAGAUGACGCCGCCGUUGCCGCGGCGAUGCCUGGGCUGGAUGUCUCUGCUGCUGUUCGGGCUGACGUCUCUGAGCCCCGAAACCGAGGCGAACGUUCUGGACGCCAUGCUGCUGAGGAAUUCUGGGAAGGUGUCGAUAGACGGGAGCAAGGAUGAGAGUGGGGGCACGGCCUCAGUCUCCCCACAGCGCCUGCUCUGGUGCCACUGCUACCACCACUGCCCCGAGGACUCCACCAACAACACCUGCAGGACGGAUGGAUACUGCUUCACCAUGGUGGAGGAGGAGGAUGGAGGGUUUCCCGUCCAAACCUCCGGCUGUCUGGGACUCGUUGGUUCUGAAUUCCAGUGCAGGGACACGGGGAACUCCCGCCUGAGGAGGGCGCUAGAGUGCUGCACGGAUCAGGACUACUGCAACUGGGACCUGCACCCCACCUUGCCCCCGCUGAAACCACCCACCUACGUGGACGGGAACAUUCACCACAUGGCUCUGCUGAUCUCCGCCGUCAUCUGCUUCAUCAUCCUCGCCGUCAUCCUCAUCUUCGGCUACUUCUGGUACAAGCGGCAGGAGUCCCGGCCGCGAUACACCAUCAGCCUGGAGCAGGACCAGACCUUCAUCCCGCCCGGGGAGUCGCUGAAGGACCUGAUCGAGCAGUCCCAGAGCUCUGGCAGCGGCUCGGGGCUCCCCCUGCUGGUUCAGCGCACCAUCGCCAAGCAGAUCCAGAUGGUGAAGCAGAUCGGAAAGGGGCGGUACGGCGAGGUGUGGAUGGGGAAGUGGCGCGGGGAGAGGGUCGCCGUCAAGGUGUUCUUCACCACUGAGGAGGCCAGCUGGUUCAGGGAGACGGAGAUCUACCAGACCGUGCUGAUGAGGCACGAGAACAUCCUGGGCUUCAUAGCGGCGGACAUCAAAGGCACGGGCUCCUGGACGCAGCUCUACCUGAUCACCGACUACCACGAGAGCGGCUCGCUGUACGACUACCUCAAGUCCACCACGCUGGACACCAAGGCCAUGCUGCGGCUGGCCUACUCGUCCGUGUCCGGCCUGUGCCACCUGCACACGGAGAUCUUCGGCACGCAGGGCAAGCCCGCCAUCGCCCACCGCGACCUCAAGAGCAAGAACAUCCUGGUGAAGAAGAACGGCACCUGCUGCAUCGCAGACCUGGGGCUGGCCGUCAAGUUCAUCAGCGACACGAACGAGGUGGACAUCCCGCCGAACACGCGCGUGGGGACCAAGCGCUACAUGCCCCCCGAGGUCCUGGAGGAGAGCCUGAACCGCAGCCACUUCCAGUCCUACAUCAUGGCCGACAUGUACAGCUUCGGCCUCAUCCUGUGGGAGAUCGCCCGCCGAUGCGUCUCCGGAGGCAUCGUGGAGGAGUACCAGCUGCCGUACCACGACCUGGUGCCCACGGACCCGUCCUACGAGGACAUGCGGGAGGUGGUGUGCAUCAAGAGGCUGAGGCCGUCCUUCCCCAACCGCUGGACCAGCGACGAGUGCCUGCGCCAGAUGGGGAAGCUGAUGACGGAGUGUUGGGCCCAUAGCCCCGCCUCCCGGCUCACCGCACUGCGGGUGAAGAAGACGCUGGCCAAGAUGUCCGAGUCCCAGGACAUCAAGCUGUGAGGGGGGGAGGUCUCCGUGGCAACCGCGGGCACGCCCCCCCCCCAUCCUCUCCCCCCGCCCCCCGCUGAUCCCACCCCUCAGAGCCGCCUCCCAGGAACUGUUCAGACAACGGCUGAGGAGGAGGAGGACCCCUGCUGGGGACGUACCGGCCUAACCCCCCUUCCCUAAACCCCCCCCCCCGAACGCCUCCGUUUUGCUUCGGAGCUGCAAGGACAGACGCCGGCGAAAGCAAGCGGGCUCGGAUUCGCUUUCCGUGAAAGCUCGAGCGAGCAUCGGUCAGGGGAGGACGGCGGAGGAAGCCGCCUUUUUACCCACAAUCCUCCGCUCCCGUUCAGCCGCGGCAGGGUGCAGGGAGCGGCGGCCGCGGGGAGAAAUUCGCUCAGACAAUCUGAAGCCAUUGCACAGUGUUCUUUCCCUUCUUCUGUUCUGUGUUCUCCUUCCUGUUUAAGAUCGCAUUGCAGCCACUCCGAGAGGGAGAGCCCGCGUUUGAUCGAUUGUAGCGUACCGCAGUACAGGGUCCUUCUGCCAGUGGGCAGCUCAACGCCUCGCCCGUGGGUUUGGGGCGGGCUGGGCGUUUGUUUGAAGAGAUGCUAGCCACAGAUGCUACAGAUACAUGUGGGUAGAACUUCACAAAGACCUGCUAUCACAUAGUCAACACAGGCUAUCGCCUAGUUUACACAUAGUCACCAGGGCUCUAGCAAUCCAACACUGUGUGCCUUCCGUACAACCUUAGAUUCAGCCUUAGAGAAGCCGUUAUCCCCUCAUUGAAGUUCAGUAAAAUGAAAUGAGACGUAUGACGAUACUUUGAAAUGUAAUUUCAGUGAACAUGAAGGAUCAAAACCCAAGUAAAUUAUAAGAUAUGAAUGUAAAAGGCAUUCUGCAUUUGUACAUCUGUUUAUCUCUAAAUUUCACAGAAGCAAUCAGUUCAGUGCAUUUCCUGGAUGUUUAUGAGAUCAGCAGCUGUAUUACGAUAUACUAUCUUGCCAAUGGUUUCGAAAAAACUAAUGUUGGGAAUACUAAAUCUCAAUAUUACGGAUAAUCAAGGUGCAGUACCAUGUGAGCACGGUACUAGUGUUUUACUGGCCAAUUUAAAUAUUUAUCUUGAAGUACUGUACAGUUUUAUAUAAAGUACUUUCUCAUAAGACAAGUUCUUACAUGAUUCCAAUUGUUCAACUAGAACUGUCACUAUAAGGGAAAUUAAAAAAAAAAAAAAACAUUGUGUUUGUGAAACGCAAGCCAGAAUCAUCCUUAUUGGUGAUCUUCUUUUAAUCCUCUUAAAAUGAGAAAUUCAUAUUGUGGCAAGAAAAUAAAAUAUUGUUUUGGCAAGAAAAUAAAAUAGUGUUUUGGCAAGAAAAUAGAAUAUUGUUUUUGCAGUUGACUUUCAGUUAAUUUCAGCAGUUUGUGCUAAGGAAGGAGGGUUGCCAGUCAAGGUCAAACCCCACACUUUUCCCACUAUCACAUCUGUGCUAAAUGAAAACGUGUUAGUGCUGUGAGCUCUGCGGCUGGAGUUUUUUCACCGUACUGCCGAGUGUUUUUUGGGACAGAAGGCCGAGAGCUGAAGGGAGUGAGUAGGGUUUGAUCGCCUCGGUUACCGCGCCGUCAUGCUCUGUUUCUUUGGUAACAGUGUUCCCCUUCUGAGAUGCAUCAGGUCGGCCAUUUUAGAUCUUAGGGGCUGUAGUUCUUUUGUAGCUAGUUUUCAGACACUGAUGCCAAGGUUACCCGCACCAGUUUUUUUGAGUAAAAUUGAUGAUGGACUUGAAGUUUUGUUUUUUUGUUUUUUUUUAUUGUGUACAGAAUGCUCUCCCCGUCCACGGCUUGUGCCUUAUUUAACCUGUACAUACCUGUAAAUGAGAGUGAAUGUAUAUGUUAUAAGCGAUGUACGUAUCAGGCUUAACAUUCCCCUAAUAAAUGGUUUCAGUCUC